AUGACGGAGGGUGAAGAAUUGAAGUACCUAGAAGAGUGUAUUUGUAACAGUGAUUGUUUUGAUGUGCAAACAUGGAAAACGUUUGUUUGGGGAAGGUCGAGACCGUGUCUUGAAAAUAACCAGGCAUAUAGAGAGCAGCAGAGAGCAGCGUUAGAGAGGAAACAUCAAGCUAUAGAAGUGAUAACUCUAGAUGAUGAUGAUACAACCGUUGGGGAACCCGCUUAUGACUCAAUUCCGGAACAAUAUGGCGCUUCCCUCAUGAACCCAAACAUGACACAUUAUACCGAAGAUUACACGGGACAAGACACGGACCAAUACACGGGACAGUGCGCGGAACAGUACACUGGACAAUACAGGGAUCAGAAGCAAUACAUGGAGCGUAGAACUCGUGAAGCGCACGUCAUUGAUGUCAUCACUAUCAAUGAUGAAGAUUAA